CCAAAGUAGGCUGUUUUUGAGGGCAGAAACUCCACCCUCACGGGUCUCGUAAUUGAAUACAAUUUUUCCACUCGUGUAUUAAUUUGAAUUCACGCGAUCAUCGAGUGGUAGUUACACUGGAAUCGCCGAAGGUGGAAAUAUCCGCCUAUUCCAAGCAUUUGAGAAUUAUUCGAAAAGCGAAAUACGUUAAUUCGUACAACGAAAUUGAAUGAAGUUGCAUUGAUAAUUCAUAAGUGUGGAAAAUUUUGAAUGAGCGUCAGAAUAUAUUUUACGCGGGGAUUGAUUUAUUAUCGAAAUACGAUAUCAGUAGUGACACUGAUACGGUGCUAAUUUACAUAGUUAGACUAUUUGUAAUUAAAUCAACAGAAGUGAUUCACGGUAAACGAACGUAUGCAAAGUUUCGUUAACGGUUGAGUAUUCGUUCAUUCAUAUUCUUGUUCGUCAAGGUAUUACGUACGUGAUUUUGCUGCAUACAUUACUUGCAUAUAUUGAAAUGACAUGUGCUUCUGAUGUCGUUUAUGUGUGCGUGUUUAUCUCUUGACUGUUCGCAAGUUACAUCGAAUCAUCAGUUUCUCCUGUGCGAUUAUGAGAAACGUGGCUAUAGUUUGUAUUCGUAGGGGUGUAUCAUUCUCCUUAGAAAGGGCGUGUAUUUGCUCGCCGACGCAACAUUUAUCUCACCAGUGUUUCCCAUUAAUCGUAAUCGGAAGCCGUUAGAGGAUGCAAACGCAGUAUCGAGACGAACGUGUGUAACUGCAAUUUUGUGAUUGUUUCAUCACGAGAACCCGAAACUCGGUUAACGUGCAACGCCCUUUUCUAUCAUCGGGCUUAUCUCGAAACGUAAACUUGUACGUAGCUGAAAUUGAUCAUUACGCCAUCCAGAGUAUUUCGCCGAGUAAAUACGUUGCAAAUCUUGGUUGACUAUAGUGUUUUAAAAUUUAUGGGAAUUUUAUGCGUACGACAUUGUGCUUUCGAUGCUUUAUCGAAAUAUUAUUAAAUUGUUAUCAAAACUGUUGCUCCUACGUCGUAGUUAAAGGAGACGUCCGAAUUAUUGAAGCGGACAAGUUUGACGCAGGUCUCGUAAAUACAUAUUUUAUCUCUGUUGUCUCAACACACAAUUUGUCCAGUGUACGUUGCCUGUUAAAAUUACGCGUUUCGGUAGAAAGAAGAAAUAAUAGAUGUUAAUUAAUUAUCUCGACACUUUCAUUGUGUGUGCACGUAAUUCGAAGUUGACAACGUUAGCGGGCGCUGACCGUAAACACACAACACAGGCUGUGAGUAAAUGUAAUUGUAUUACGUUUGUAUACUGAACAAUUUACAGUGCGUGUGAUUCCCGUGGGAAAUCCCUGCUUGGAAUAGAAUAUUCGAUCGCCAAGUACCGCUGCUUACUAGCAAAACAUGUACCGAACCUAAAUUAUUCAAGUACCAGUUCCACUUUGGCUGUGAAGGGUCAGCACUGAACUUGAGUCUAAAAUAGUAAAGUGUUCUUACUCGUUAUUACUUUUCAUAUGUCUGGGUCAAUGUUGUUACAUACUAAGGAGUGUUUUUAAAUCGAAACUACGAUACUCGAAUCGUGAAUCAACGCCAAACAUUCAAUUCAUAGUCAAUAUUUUACAUCGUUACGACCUUAUUCCUUACAUAUUUCCGAAUUUAUAUUUCUCUCGUUGAAACGUAGUUACGUAUUCUACUCGAUUUUUUACCCGCGUUUUACAUCGAUUGCUUCCGAUCCGACGGAUCGAUCGUCGUGACAUAGAACGAACACGAUCGAUAUUGGAAAACAGCUAACUACUUACGAGCGUAAAGGUAGUACUUUCAAAGCAUCGAAAUUUGGCUGAAAGCUACGAAAAGCGUUUGCCGUUGACACAACGGAAAUCCAUAAUCGAUAUCGACGAUGUUUAAAUGUUGUGUGUGCAACAAGAGUGCAAAGAAGGAGAAGACGAACGGGGAUGUGGCAAAGCAAAGUCAGAAAACGAUGGCCUCGCAGAUAGUUUCCGUCAACUCGACGAAAAUCGAAGAAGACGGGCCGAUUGGACGAGAGGAGAAGUUGAACGGUGACGUGCAGAGAUUGGAGAAAGUUUCGCCAUCUAUGGAGAAUUGUUCUGCGGAAGUAGUCGACGACUUAACUGUCAAGAGUCCGUUACCUUCCGGUAAGCGCGAUGAAAUCGACGAUGGUUCUCGACCGAGGAAAGAAUCGAUAGUGGAAUCGAACAAGGAAAAUGGCGAUGAUGCUGCAAAUUCGAUCGAUCAAACGAAGAAGAAUAAGAAAGAUGAAGAGAAUGGAAUUAAAGAUGCGAGUGGAAAUGUAGAAGUAAAUGGGUGUGAUAAUCUGAGUGGGAUUGGCGAUGGGGGUGGGUUUGUAGAGGCGAUAUUGCAUUCCGGUGUUCCUAGCAUUGUCAAAACAAAUCUUUACGACUCAUCCGCCGCGUACAUCGAGAGAACGAUCGAUGAUGGACCUGAAGAAGAAGGCGACGAUUCCGUUUUCGAAGCAUGUCCGAACGACAACAAUGCUAUUAAAAAGACGACACCAGUUUCGUCAGUUCCUCGUUGGCUAUCGGAGGAGGACGACGGCGAUCAUGAUUCGGAAGAAUGCAGCGGAAUGCAAGAACCACCAGCGACACCGGUCGCCCGCGACGAACUAGCUUUAAGGCGACACAGAUUCUUCUCCGAUUUAUUGCACGCCGCACAAACUACGACGGAGCACAGAGUGAGGUUUGACCCACUAGGACCGAUGGUACACGCCGGCUGUGAAGCUAGUGAUAAGGAAGAUCACUUAGAAGAACUGGUAAAUCGAUUGGAAAGUGUUACCAAACGACUGGAAAAAGUACAGACUCAUACUGUAACUGAAACUCAAGAUUCUGCUGUUCAAACAAGUACACCAUCACCAAAAAAGGCUCAAUCAAUUGGCAAUAGUGUGUCGAUACAGUCUGCCUCACCAACUCGAUUGCUACAUAAGCCAGCAGUGGACAAAUCUGUCAGCAUGUCAGUCGCAGGCUAUGAAGAUCUUUUGGCUGGUCCUGUAAAAGAGUACUUGCAGUUGAGUCAGAAAAUUGGCGGCGAUGUUGCCACCCACAGCAAACUCGUAGAAAAGGCAUUCCAAAUUCAACUGGAGUUCAUUCGGACUGCGGCAAAUCGAUCGGCUCCGGUAAAUCAAUCUGAACAAAUUUCUCUACUUGGACCUACAUCUUCACAAAUUCAACAAAUUCAAGAUUUUCGCGAGAAAAACAGAGGAUCUCAAUUUUUCAAUCAUUUAUCUGCAAUUAGUGAAAGUAUUCCAGCUUUAGGAUGGGUUGCUGUAUCACCUACACCAGCACCUUACGUGAAAGAGAUGAAUGAUGCUGGCCAAUUCUAUUCUAAUCGUGUAUUAAAGGAUUGGAAGGAAAAAGAUAAAGUACAUGCCGAAUGGUGCAAAGCUUGGAUUCAAACGCUAAGCGAUCUUCAACAGUAUGUACGUCAACAUCACACAACAGGACUGGUAUGGGCAAAAACUGGCUCUGCUCCAGCAGGCAUACCACCACCUCCACCACCAUGUAUGCCUAUGGGAGAUGUGGCACCAGUCAGUAUUGCCGAUGACAGAAGUGCUCUUUUCGCCGAAAUAAAUCAAGGAGAAGCUAUUACAAAGAAUUUAAAGAAAGUCACUUCCGAUAUGCAAACACAUAAGAACCCUUCAUUGAGGACUGGUCCAGCACCAUUUAAAGCACCAGCAGUCGAAAAUGCUAUACCAUCAAAAUCCGUGCCACUUCCGAGUGCACCGAUUGAGAAACCACCUGUAUUUACUAAAGAUGGAAAGAAAUGGCUUAUAGAAUACCAAAGAGGAAAUAAAGACUUGCUCAUCGAUAACGUAGAGAUGAAUAACGUGAUCUAUAUGUUCCGAUGUCAAGAUAGCACCCUGAUCGUCAAUGGCAAAGUUAACACUAUUGUCAUGGAUUCGUGUCGUAAAUCGUCAAUCGUUUUUGAUUCUGUGGUAUCGAGCAUCGAAUUCGUCAACUGUCAGAGCGUACAAAUGCAGGUACGUGAAAAGGUACCUACUAUCUCCAUUGACAAGACAGAUGGCUGUCAGAUGUAUUUGAACUCGGAAUCAGUGGACGUAGAACUUUUCAGCAGCAAGUCUAGCGAAUUAAACUUCAUGGUACCAGAAUCAGGGAGUUAUCGCGAGUACGCUGUACCGGAGCAAUUCAAGACGACUAUUACUCCACUAGGUCCUAAAACCGUUGCGAUCAAUUCAGUGGAUUAAAACGCCAAUAAUUCAACUACUCAUAGCCUAAAGUUAACGUCUGUCUAAGAGUACGGCUCAUUAGAGGUAUCAUCUUCAGAGAAUUCGUCGAUUUAUUAUUUAUUGCUUCUUCAAUUAAUUUAAGAAUUCGGGAGAAAGGCGAAGAAGUAGAAGAGAGUAGUUUCAUCCGCGCGCAUAGAUCUGCGAUUCUGUGUCGUAUUCAGAGAAUCGUGGAAUCGAAUUAGAUAAAUCGAUUAAACAACAUUGCAACGUUACAGCCCUAUCUCUUUCAAUGUAUUUGCGCAUUUCGUGGGGAUCAUCGAUUCUAUGCAGAUCGAAAUUGGAGUCAAGUGAGAAAGGAUGCUUGAUCAUACGAGUCUUGUCAAAUUUAUGUAUGCUGGUAUUCGAUAAUCUGCGGCUCAACAUUUUGUAAUAUAGCACCGAUUAGGUUAGUGAUUCGUUAAGCAGGUGUUCAUAUAACGGAAUCGACAUUCUUCACGAAAAAUUAUUUCGCACGUUGGUGCUGAGAUUAGGGGGCUGUAGGUUGCAUUAAGAAUAGGUAUGGACAAAAGUUUUACUACCCUCGAAUCGCACUUUUAUACAUUUACACCAUUUUCUAUUGUGAUCGAACUUUUGCCCAAACCCGGUCGCUUCAAGAUUUCAAUCAACUCGCCAAGGAAUUGCCACUCGAUCGUUUUAGUGGAAGAAAGGAGAGCGAGUAUCGCACGUACACAUUUGAGAGUAUAGAAUCGAGAAACAUUCAUGAGCCAUUUAUAAAGUGUUAGGGACGUCAUAUCAAUAGGUCGAUAUAUUACCUCUAGACUUUUGCAGCAAAUAACUCUCUUCAUCAGUUUAGCGCAUGGAAUUACCUUGGUUCGGGACAAAUUUCUUCAUGAAUUGUAUAUGUUGUAUUCUUAAUUCUCUUUGACGAUUUUAAAGCUUAAGUAAUUCAGUUCACGUGUCUUCCGAAUCUAUGAACGUUCGUGAUUUGUAAAUAGGAUUGAAUACUAAAUUUGUUUUAUGUAUAGCAUUCGACUCAUCGUGAAUUUGAGAAUUUUAAUAACCUUGGCACGGUCGUUGAGUGUUGAGUGUAAAUUGAAACGAUCAAAAUGGUUGUGCAAAAGUCUUGAUGGUACCAGCGGUGAAGAGGAAAUACCUUGAACAAUAAAAAAAAUUGUGAACUCAAUAUUGAACUUCAAAUGCGUGCUGUUUGAACGUGACGUAAAUUACAUUGUGAUUUUUACCACUUGGUAUAUUGUGCUAAUCGUAGGUAUAAUCUAAUAUUAGAGCUACUUAACUGAGGCACGAUUUAGAAUAACAAGAUCGUUUAAGGUAACAAUGGAGCCAGCAGUUCGAUCCUUUUUACCGAAGAGACUUAAGCAGAUUCGAACGAUGCGAUUUUUCUAUCGUUUCUAUGGUACUAAAUGUGUUUAAUUACGGAGCGACGAUUAUUUGAUUGAGGAUCGUACUGUCUUUAACACAGUAAUCUUUAACAGCUUUCAUUUUAAUAUCGAUAGAGUAUUAUAUCGAAAGUAAUCAAUAUUUAUUUCCGAAUAUGAUUUUCAGUGCUAUUUCUAAUUGUCCUAAUAAAAGGUAAUGAUAUACCA